AUGAAACAGGGGGUGAAAUAUUACGAACCAGAGUAUUGGAAAUUUGGAGAAGCUGGUAACAAGUACUUCCGACAUGCUACCGGACAACUUUAUGCUGUAUCAAAGGAAUUAGCAACCUAUAUAUCUGAAAACCAGCACAUCUUGCAUAAAUAUAUCAAUGAGGAUGUUUCUCUGGGAUCAUGGUUUAUUGGCUUAGAUGUGGAGCAUGUUGACGAUAAGAGACUCUGCUGCGGUACCCCUCCAGAUUGUGAGUGGAAGGCUCAGCUAGGCAGUGUUUGUGCUGCUUCGUUUGAUUGGAAAUGUAGCGGGAUUUGCAAGUCCGUUGAGAGAAUGAUGGAAGUUCACAAGACUUGUGGUGAGGAUGUGAAUGCUCUAGAGCAUGCAAGCUUCUAA